AUGUCAGGUCUUUUGCCUUUCAUAGAAGAUAACAAUGGUGAAAAACUUAAACGUCAUAAAGUUGAAGCAGCACUGGUAGAAUCGAUAAUACAAGAACAACAACCAAUUAAAAAACUAGAUACAUCAUUUCGAAAAUCAGAACCCAUCACAUCAUUUGCAUAUGAAGAUGUCAACAAUGAUGCAGAAGAAUUAAUAUCAUUAAGAGGAGAAGGAAGAUAUUUUGGAGUAACGGAUCCAGAUGAUGCUAAAUCAUUAGGUCCAAUAUGUGAUAAUUGUCACAAACGAGGUCAUAAAAGAGCAAAUUGUAAAAUUGUAAUAUGUCAUAAAUGUGGUAAAAUAGAUGAUCAUUAUGAAUCUCAAUGUCCAACAACAGUAGUUUGUCUUAGGUGUGGAGAAAAAGGUCAUUAUAUGCUGGAUUGUAAAUCUAAAAUUAGAAAAAGAAAAUAUUGUAGAAAUUGUGAUUCUUUCAAACAUGGAGAUGAAGAUUGUCCAAGUAUAUGGAGAUCUUACUUAACCAAGAGACAAACAACAAAUGAAGAAAGUUCAGUAUUACCAGUGAUAUAUUGUUAUAAUUGUGGAGAAGAUAAUCAUUAUGGUGAUGAAUGUAAGGAUCAAAGAUCUUCAAGAAUUCCAAAUUUAGGAAGUGCUUUUAGUGGGAAUAAUUUACCAAGAAGUAUACGUCCAAUAUAUUUUUUGAAUUUGAAAAAUAACGAAAUGAAUGAAGAUUAUAGACCUGAGAAACUAGGAAGAGAUUAUAAAUCUGAAUAUGAUGUGAUACGGAAUGAUAAUUACUCUAAUAAUAAUAAUAACAAUUACAAUACUUCAAAUAUGAAUAGGUAUAAUGGAAACAACUAUAAUAAUAAUAACAACUAUAACAAUAAUGGAAACUACAACAGAAACACCAACAGUGCUGGCUACAACAACAACAACAACAACUACAACAAUAACGGAUAUAAUAAUAAUUUCAACAAUUAUCAAGAUCAACAAUUACCUUCCAGAUCAGGAUUUAUACCCAUGAAUAACAACAGUAAAAGCACCCAUAAAAAAUUCAAUUUCAACAACGAUUUCCGAAAUGUACUUAAAACACCAAUGAAUUUUGGCUCUAACAAUAGCAAUCCACCUUCAAGGUCUGGUGUUAACGGUAGUUCAAGUAGAGUUUCAAAACCAUCAAGGUCAGGAUUGAUUGAUAGCUCUAAAAAUAGGAAAAAGGGUAAACAUUUACGAUAUUAG